AUGGUGUCACUGAAAACUCUGGGAAAAACGGCAAUAUAUGUAGCCAUCGGCGGCAUUACGGCCGCCCUGGUAAUGAAGGUGAAGCUGGAGGACAAAAUACGCAAACAAACGUACUACAAGGACUCGAUGAAACUGCUACGCUCUCAUGCCGGCGCUGUUCAGGUGCUUGGUGAACCGAUCAAGGAUUUGAGCUUCGAUAUCGGUGAGGAGAGCAAAAAAUUCGGCGGAGGAAAGGUCGACAGCUUUACGGUGCCAGUGAAGGGUCCGAAAACGAAAGGGAAGUACUACUUCUGGGCCGAACUAGGCUCCGACGAACGGUGGGUUAUCAAACGGGCAGAGCUGGAACUGCAAAACGAACCCAACCGAAGGUUACUGAUAAAAGGAGAACGAGAAGCGUGAAUCCGGUGCA